GGCUCCCAGCUCCUCCGGGCGCCUUGGGAGGGUGCGGGAGCCGGGGUGGGGGUGCCUGGGGUCCCCAUUGGGCGCCCGGAGACGCGCCUCUGCUAACGAGUUCGCCUGGCCCUCUGGGCCUUAGUUUCCACCUCUGUGAAAUGGGGGUCGCGACGCCUCCCUCUGGAGCCCUCCAGUCGGGAGACCCCGUGCGGGUCCCCGCGGGGAGCAGCGCGGCGCCCAGCCGCCACUGAGGCCCGGCCGUCAGAUGCACCUGUCACUCCCGCUGCCCGCUCCGUCGGGGCCGGGUGACCCUCCACCCCGCGUGGCCACUCCCCGCCAUUCCGCUGCGCCCUGCAGAUAAGCGCGGGCACCUCCGGCAGGAUGAAGGUCCCCGCGUCCCAGGGGCCGCGGGCUCGACGCGGGGAGCCGUAGGGCCGGAGGCUUCCCGCCCGGCAGGCGGCCGGCCAGGCUCUGUCUCUGGCAUGGAGAGUAACCUGUCUGGCCUGGUACCCGCCGCCGGGCUGGUGCCCGCGCUGCCGCCGGCCGUGACCCUGGGGCUGACCGCGGCCUACACCUCGCUGUAUGCGCUGCUCUUCUUCUCCGUCUAUGCCCAGCUCUGGCUGGUGCUGCUGUACGGACACAAGCGGCUCAGCUACCAGACGGUGUUCCUGGCCCUCUGUCUGCUCUGGGCCGCCCUGCGCACCACCCUUUUCUCGUUCUACUUCCGAGACACCCCCCGGGCCAACCGCCUGGGCCCCCUGCCCUUCUGGCUUCUCUACUGCUGCCCUGUCUGCCUGCAGUUCUUCACCCUGACGCUGAUGAACCUCUACUUUGCCCAGGUAGUGUUCAAGGCCAAAGCCAAGCGCCGGCCAGAGAUGAGCCGCGGCUUGCUGGCCGUCCGGGGGGCCUUUGUGGGGGCCUCCCUGCUCUUCCUGCUGGUGAAUGUGCUGUGUGCGGUGCUGUCCCGCCGGCGUCGGACUCAGCCCUGGGCCCUGCUGCUGGUGCGCGUCCUGGUGAGCGACUCCCUCUUUGUCAUCUGUGCACUCUCCCUGGCCGCCUGCCUCUGCCUGGUGGCCCGCCGGGCACCCUCCACCAGCAUCUACCUGGAGGCCAAGGGUCCCCAUUGUCGUCUGUGCCAGGGCACCAGCGUGUGCCAGGCAGCCGCCAUGGGCGGGGCCAUGGUCCUGCUCUACGCCAGCCGGGCCUGCUACAACCUGGCCGCCCUGGCCUUGGCCCCCCGAGGCCAACUGGAUGCCUUCGACUACGACUGGUACAACGUCUCCGACCAGGCUGACCUGGUAAACGACCUGGGCAACAAAGGCUACCUGGUGUUCGGCCUCAUCCUGUUCGUGUGGGAGCUGCUGCCCACCACCCUGCUGGUGGGCUUCUUCCGGGUGCACCGGUCCCCUCAGGACCUGAGCACCAGCCGCAUCCUCAACGGGCAGGUAUUUGGCUCUCGCUCCUACUUCUUCGACCGGGCCGGGCACUGUGAGGAAGAGGGCGGCUCCUGGGAGCACAGCCGUGGGGAGAGCACCAGCAUGUCCGACAGCCUGGGCUCCAGCAGCUGGUACGGAGCCAUCACCAGGGAGCCAGGCUGGUGCGGGGGCCCGACGAGGACCACGCCGCUGCUCUUCUCCCAGGUGCUGGGACCCGGCGGCCACCACCACAGUCUCUACUCCACCCCACAGACGUGACCCCCCAUCCCAACCCACCCCGGAACACCCAGGCCCCGGCCCCUCGCACCCCAGCUCCCCUGAACCUGGGUCACCUGCCUCUUCUUGCCUAGGACCUUGGGCAGCGGCUGCUCCUCCCCGGCCUGCAGGCUUCUUUCUGCUCCUGCCUGUGAGCUUGUGUGGUCCCACAAUGGGGUCUGGCCUAGCUGCCGGCUGCCCACAGCACCCUGGCAUGACCCAUGCCUCUGCCCCUUGGCAGAGCCAGCUACCUCCCUGCUCUCAAUAAACAGCGUCAGCGCCC